GACAGCGCACGGUCAAAGUCACCAAUAAUAAAAACAAAGACCAUAAAAAAACUUAGUUCAUAGUGCUCGUUGCCAAAAUACCAAAUUCAGUUGAAGUGGAUUUUUUUUGUGUGAUUUUAUUUUCUACCUGAUUUGGUCAGUACGUGCGUAAAUUCAGCCAAUUUGAGUUAAUAAAUAAUUCGGUGUCCACAACAAAGAUUUUGUUUGUUCUUUGUUCGUUCUGGAUUUAUUCUGUUGCUUAAAUUAUUUAAACGCAUCUGAAGAAUAGAAACAAUAAACCAUGUUGCAGAAAGUAUAUUGUGGUUUUGUCAUAGUGUUGUUAUGGUCAGUGAUUUGUUCAACGGCCAACGAUGAACAACACCAACAGACAAAUAGUAGUAAUAAUGCGGCGCCUGGAUUACGUUCAAUAAUGAGAAUCUAUGAUGAGUGUCAGAGAUCUGAUGGCGGUAUUACAAUGUGCCUGAAGAAAAAAGCCGUUACAUUUAUCGAUCGAAUUUCAAAAAUCGAUGUGAUUAAUGUUGGUGAUGGAGUUCGGGUGGUUGGCGUUGAUAAUGCAGCUGCAGCGGCAACAAUCAAAACAGCAAAAUCACUCAGCGAAAAUGAUUUGGAUCAAAUGAUGCCACGCAGCUUAGAAGAUCGUGAUUAUUUCUUAAACAAUAUGCUCACGGAUAAAUUGGCCAAUUACAUUAGCGGUCGCAAAAUUCAAAUCAGCCUACCACAAGUUACGCCAAACGAACUUGGACGUGGACUGGAAGAAGGUCGUGGUAAAAUGAAGAAGAUGAUGAGCAUGAUGAUGAUGGGAUUUGCUAUGAAAAUGGCUGCAUUAGUUCCAGUCGCGAUUGCCGGCUUGUAUUUAUUGGCUGGAAAAGCGUUGAUUGUGUCAAAGAUAGCAUUGUUGUUGGCCGGUAUCAUCGGUAUUAAGAAGUUAUUGUCGAGCAAAAAUAGUGGUGGCUCAAGCGGAUGGUCGUCUGGUGGCUCAAGUGGAGGAUGGCAAUCGUCUGGCGGUCAUGGUGGUGGCGGCGGCGGAUGGGAUCGUCGCUCGAACGAAGCUCAAAAUCUUGCAUACAAUGCCUAUUCGUACAAAACCGAAUAAUUUAAAAUUUCAUCGAAAAUUGCUGCGAAUUUUGCUCGCAACUCCAGUUCACAGUUGGAACACAAAAUUUAAGCAGCAUUUUUUUUAACUUACUAUUAGACAUUGCAUUCAUUGUAAUAUUCAAAAAACAAAACAGUUGCUUUUCAUCAUAUUUAUUUAUGCAGUAGUUUUUAAGAAAAUUCUAUUUAUUUAUUUAUUAUGUAUUUAUUUGUGUCUAUUCGUUAUUUGGCGAAAGAGAAAAUGUUUUGUUUUCUAUUUUUUCUUCCUUAAGUUUCUUUAUGUUUCUCCCUUUUUAUACUGUAGUAUAUGAUAUUCAUAGAGCAAGGCUUUUAUUGCAAUCAACAAUUUGACAGUUUCAGGAGGGAAAAAUUAUAAUAGCACCAAUGGGAAAUGGCAUGGAAAAAAGAAGGACGAAACAUUUUUUUGGACGAUGAAAAAUACUCUUAACGAAUACAAUAUUUUUUUUUUAGUUUAUUAAGGAAAUGAAGCCAUUUUUUGACCUAAUUCAAUUUAAAUUGAGAUUUUUUUUUGCGCUGCACAUUUAUAUGUAAAAUGAGCUAAAAGAAAUAAAAUUCAAAGUGAGAGAAAAUUCGUUCAAAUUUCGCAAUCAUUCUACUUUCGUUCGAUUCUCUUCAGCUUUCGACAACAGUAAAAUGUUAAUUUAUUUGAUUACACUAUGAAAGAGAAGAAAACCAGAGCUUGCAUUUGAACAUAUCCGGAUCAGUGUUCGUAUUUCCGUUCAUCGUUUUAGUUAGACUCGUACAAAUCACUAACUCACUCACUCAUACACACACACAGACACCAUUCUCAAAAUACGGUUUUCAUUUAUUUGUUUUUAUAUUUGCUGUAGACAGUUUAGUUUUUAACGAUAUUUUUUGUAUUUUCUAAAGCAAUAGAGAACAUGUACCUUUCACACUUCAAAUGAAGCAAACGAAACUUUUUUUUCUUUCGAAUAAAAACAAUUAAUAAAUCA